AUGUACAUAUUGUGUUUCACAAAACUGAAACUGCUUCUUCUGGCGAUUGAGAUCAAAGGCGGCGAAGAAGGAAAUGAUAGCAAGAUUUCUAUUAAUCCCCGAGGUGCCAAAAUUCAGGCCAACACCCAAGGAUUCUUUAUAGCUCAAUCAGCAGACGAAGUCAAAAGAGCUUGGUUUUACUGCAAGGCGUGCCAUGACGACAUCAGGGACGAGACAUUGAUCAAGAAGUGCAAAUGCAAAAACUAUGACCACCAUCCGGCUCCGACGUUCACGCCGCCCGAGUUGCCAAAGAAGGUACACGUGCGCGCUCUGCCGAACGCCGCCGGUGAAGCUGCAAGGGAUCGAGAAGAUUUGAACAUGAUAAAUCGAAAUCACAGAGGGUCAAGUAUCCCAGGAAGUACACAAGUAGGAAAUGCCACGAAGCAAGUAAAUAAAGUCAAACCCAAUGUGACAAGGUCUGAUGGACUUUUAUCACCUGGUUACAAUAACAACAGGUAA